AUGUUGACCCCCAUCGCGACCUUGGACGCUGCUUUGGCCGGCGUUGGCCUCUUCUGCAUCUAUAAGAUUGCAACAAGGAAGAGUUUGGGUCCCCUACCUCCUGGUCCGAAGGGCCUUCCCCUGCUUGGGAACGUCUUGGACAUGCCCAAAGAGAAGGAGUGGCUGACCUUCGCGAAGUGGGGCGAGAUGUGGGGGGAUCUUGUCACUAUCACGAUUUUCGGACAGCCAUUCAUUGUUCUGAACAACAUCGAUGUCGCGGCAGAGCUAUUGGACAAACGCAGUGCGAUCAACUCUGACCGACCUGUCAUCCCUAUGGGUGGCGAACUUGUUGGGUGGAAGAACACUCUUGUACUUAUUCCGUACGGCGCCCGGUUCCGCUCUUUCCGCAAGAAGUUCCACCAGGUCAUUGGUACACCAGCGAUGAUGAAGCAAUUUGAGCCUGCGGAAGAGCAUGAGACGCAGAAAUUCUUGCGUAGACUCUUGAAGAGUCCAGAGGACUUAGGCGCUCAUGUUCGCAAAAUGGCUGGUGCUAUCAUCUUGCAAAUAUCGCACGGUUAUACUGUGGCGGAGGGCACGGAUCCCUUUGUCACAUUGGCCGACGAAGCCACAGAACAAUUCUCAUACUCUACGGCACCGGGCGGUUUCUUGGUGAACCUCGUCCCACCUCUUGCAUCUCUGCCGGAUUGGUUCCCCGGCGCCGGAUUCAAGCAAACAGCCAAAGAAUGGGCUAAGACCUUGGAUGAGACGGCCAGCUAUCCAUUCCGGUUUGUUAAAGAGCAGAUGGCUUCUGGUACGGCAGAGAAGUCAUUUGUGUCGGCGCUUCUGGAAGAACCCGUCUCCCCCGAGGAGGAGAAUGACAUCAAAUGGUCUGCAGCAUCUCUAUACACAGGUGGAGCCGAUACGACUGUUGCCUCAAAUUACGCGUUCUUCCUGGCGAUGACCCUGUACCCCGAGGUACAGAAGAAGGCUCAGGCCGAGCUUGAUGCCGUGGUCGGUCCCAACAGACUGCCCACCUUCCAAGACAGACCCAACCUCCCAUACAUGAACGCCGUCGCCAUGGAGGCUCUUCGAUGGCAUUCCGUUGCUCCUACAUCCGUCCCCCACCGAACAACCGAAGAUCAAUUCUACAAAGGUUACUUCAUCCCGAAAGGCACACUCUUCAUCACAAACAUCUGGAAAAUGAUGCACGAUCCUACGGUAUACUCGAACCCAUCGGAAUUCAGGCCGGAGCGCUUCUUGGGCGAUGCUCCAGAGCGCGACCCUCGUGAUGCUUGCUUUGGCUUCGGACGACGGAUUUGUCCUGGUCGCGUCUUGGCUGAUGCCUCUGUCUUCAUCGCCACCGCUAUGACACUAGCCACGCUCAAAAUCAGCAAAGUCGUUGAAGACGGCAAAGUUAUUACACCCGUAGUCGACCAAACAACAGGUACCAUCAGUCACCCGGUUCCCUUCAAAUGCUCUAUUGAACCUAGGUCAGAAAAGGCUAAGGCCUUGAUCUUCGCUGAGCCCUAA